GGGUGUUUGCUGCCCCCUUGCGACCACACUGCUCCCGGGACUGGCUAGCUGCCCAUAACAGCUAGCUGGUUAGCUAGCCCGACGGUAGCCAGGAGCAGCCGUAGCGCAGAGAUACUCGUGCUCCGUCCACACACCAGUGACCGGGACACCAAACUUACCAAUAUGCGCCUGGACAUUGACUGAUAUUCGGCUGGCCAGGUCUCCCUCCGUCCGCCGCCCACGCCCCCGUCAGGCUGUCUCUCAUCUGAAAAAAAGAAGAAAAAAGAAAAGAGAAGCGCAGCAACUGAACUCGGAUAUGGAUCCUGAACGACUGAAACGAAGAGAGGAGAUUCAAAAGGCAAUGAGCUUUAUCCAGUCAUCCUUGCCUUUUCCAGAGCCUGAGAGUUAUGAGUCGUUUCUGAUCCAGUUGGUGUGUAACUUGCUGGACGAGGGCAAUUCUUGCUUUCGGGACGGGGACUGGCGGCAGGCGGCCCAGCAGUACGGGGAAGGGAUAAGUGUUGCCCGCUAUGCCCAGGCUGAGGCCCUUGUCAUCCCCCACGAGCUGCUGGAGUGCCUCUACGUCAACAGGGCUGCUGCCUACUAUCAGACGAGGGAGUAUGAGCGAGGUUAUCAGGACUGUGACAGCGCACUAUAUGUGUCGGAAAGCAGCCGCAUGGCUUUGUACCGCAAAGCACUUUGUCUGAGGGAGUUGGGACGAUUCCGAGAGGCCUACGAGUGUGGAACCAAAUGUCUCCUCACAGCACCACACGACCGACAGGUGAGCGAUCUGGCCCAGGAUCUGGCCAAUAGACUGGGCCUGAAGGGCCGUAAAGCCUACAUCAGCCCUCAGAUAGAGUCCACAGCCGGUGAAGGGGAGAAUCUGGGGGAGAAUUCCCCUCCCACAGGAGAGACGUCCUCCAAUGGGCUGGAAUCACUGGGUGACAUUGGACCAGGGGACAUGUCCAGUGCACAGUGCAUCCCUGCCCCUUUGGCCACGCCCAUCCCAGUCAGCGAUGAACCAGGGUCCCCUGGAGUGACCCCAUGCACCGACCUGUCCGAGAGUCCCAGCAGCCAGAACCUGCCCCCCAUGCCGUAUUCGGUCCCUGUGUCCGAGCACAUGGACGAAUGCAACAGCGUCAUCAAAGAGGAGCUCAACAAUCUGCUGGAAUGCAUCCCCAGGAAAGUCAGUGAGAGUCCAGUCCAGGGUGCUAUCCCCACCAACCUUCCAAACACGGCGGUUGCUCUCCGGCCUCCGUACUCCCCCAACCUCCCAGCCCCAUCGCCCCAGCUGCCGCCAGCCUUCUUCAUCCCCCCCAUCAGUGACAUGCCCCCUCUGGAGCCUUACUCGCCGCUGGCCCAGCGGGACCAAGGCUCCACCCAGGCGCAGGACGCACUGGGAGGCUUCUCCACAGUGGGUGCCGAUGGAGAAGGAAAGGGAGGCGUUGCCGCUGGGGGGCUGGACUUGUUGUCUGAGUACACUCUCCCGGGGGGACGAGUGUGUCACAGCUUCAUCCCUGGAAUGCGCAACAACAGUGCUGCAAAUGGUCCAACAGGAACAAAUCUGUCUCUGCUCUCCAGGAACCCUCUGGCAGCCACGCAUGAGUUUCGGCAGGCCUGUCACGCCUGUUACAGCCGAAUAGGUCCGCGAGUGAUGGACUACAAGUAUCAGCCAGAGGCAGCACAUCGUUGCAAGAGAGACGUGCUGCUGUGUCGCCUCAAAAGCGCAGAUGACCCCACCUGGAAGAGGAUCCGGCCCCGGCCCGCACGGAACAACUUCCUGGGGGCGUUUGUACUCUGUAAAGAGGUGCAGGAGCGUCAGGAGUGCCAGUACGGGGAGAACUGCACAUUUGCCUACUGCCAGGAGGAAAUCGACGUGUGGACGCAGGAGAGGAAGGGUGCACUGAGCCGAGAGCUGCUGUUUGAUCCGCUGGGCAGCACAGAGCGGCGGGCGCUCAGCGUCACCAGACUGCUGCAACUCCACAUGGGCAUGUUCAUGUUCCUCUGUGAGGAAUGUUUUGACAGUAAGCCUCGCAUCAUCAGCAAACGCAGCAAAGAGAACUUGGCAGUCUGCUCAAACCUCACAGCUCGACAUCCGUUCGACGAUAACAAGUGCCUGGUGCACGUGGUGAGGUCGGCCAAUGUGCGCUACAGUAAGGUGCGUCCGCUGCAUCCCCUCUGCCAGUUUGACGUAUGUCGCCACGAGGUUCGCUAUGGCUGCCAGCGCGAGGACAGCUGCUCUUUCGCGCACUCUGUCAUAGAGCUCAAGUGCUGGGUCCUACAGCAGGAUACUGGUAUCACCCAUGAAGAGAUGGUGCAGGAGUCCAAGAGACAUUGGCAAAGGCUGGAGCAGAAUGCACAGAAGCAGCAGAAGCCCAUCCACAUCCCCCAUCUGAGCAGUGUACCUGCAGGAGGGGUGGGGGGAAUGGGGGGUGACGGCCUAGGCGGUGGCGGUGUAAGCCCAAUGGGAGGGUUAGGAGCAGCGGCGGGACGGGGGCGACCCCUCAACCUGAAAAUGAAAUUUGUGUGCGGCCAGUGCUGGAGAGAAGGACAGGUCAAUGAGCCCGACAAGAAUCUCAAGUACUGCACAGCAAAAGCGCGGCACAGCUGGACGAAGGAGCGUCGGGUCCUGCUGGUGAAGUCAUUCGAGAGGAAGAAGUGGGUUGUUGUUCGGCCUCUGCCUUUCUCCCGCACCUACCCACAGCAAUAUGACAUGUGUGUGCAUGUGAUGAAGCAGAAGAAGUGCCACUACAUUGGGAACUGCUCCUUUGCUCACAGUCUGGAAGAGCGAGACGUCUGGACGUACAUGAAGAACAACAGCUUGAGGGACAUGCAACAGAUGUACGAACUGUGGCUGCAGCUCACCAAUCAGAGUAGACGCACAGAGAGCUCCGCGGUGACCCCGCCUCUGGAGGACAAGCAGGUCACUAUAACGGCAGAUUACACGGACGGCAUGUAUGACUAGAUGAUGUCCAAAGGGCCGGUCAUCGUCGUCCGGAGAACUGGCAGCGAGGAGGGCGGCGGAUGUCGGACGGGGAUGACCUCUGAGUGUCGCCGUGGUGACCAGAGGCAGCCAAUCGUCCGCUGAGCUGCAGCCAGACACAGACGGGCCUGCCACACCAGCUACAAGUGAACAGUCUGUCACCUCACCAGUCUGACCUCCUCUAGCAUCCAGCCAGCAGUGCAAGAGCAAAUGGACACACAACAGAACAGUUAACCCCCCACACACACACACACACACACACACACACACACACACACACACACACACACAAAACACAAGUUACAGGCACCUAUUAACACAAUUAGAAAGCUUUGUUAGUGAAAGUCUUUAGUAUUUUGUUUUGUAUCAUGUUGCAGUUACACACAGCACCUUUAGGUUCCCCUUCAGCACAUUGUACCACAAUUCCAGUGACGACUAGUUCUCCUCUUGACUAAAGUAAUCAACCAGUGUUCCCCUAGUACUGUUUGGACUUGGCAAUUCCUUGUCCACCGGCCACCUCCUUUAUUUUGUCAUUUUUGAUCCUCAGCCCUGAAACUGUUCUUGGUUGGGCUGCGCUGGUCGCAGCUCUUAAAUAUUGCUUGGUGAUAAUUUAAAACUCUGUCAAAGUGUAGCGCUCUUACACAAAAGGUUUAAAUUGUAACUUUAGAGAAAUGCCAGGCCCCUCAGCACUGUCAAAGGCAGUCGAGGCAGGAGACACGAUGAAGUAUAAUUGGAAGAGGUUCUUAGUGGGCACUCCUCGUUUAGCUGUGUAACAACCAAAUCCGACUCUCCUUCCUGCAUGGGAAUAUGGUGAGAGGCUCAAAAUACCUUCUUUUCUUUUUUUUUGGAGAAUCAUGAUAUCAAGGUUCUUCUUUUUUUCCUUUUUUUCCAAUGGGAGUUCUACUUCCUUGUUAUAUUGUCUGCCAUAUUGGUAGAACUCUGAAUGUAACGCCUGCAUGGGCCUUUAAAACGAGGAGGUUAGUCAUUGAAAACGUUGCUUUGGUCGUGGAAUGUAUGCAAGUAUACUUAAAUGCUCUGAAACAAACUAGUUCAACAUUACAGUUUUCCCCCCAGCCCCCUCUUUAUUGUCCUGUGAUAGCUGGUUAUGUUGUCAUACCAACUGUUCCAGUCCGGGAACGCGCUCAGACACGCACACACACCAUCACAUUAACCUUGCUGUUGCCGUCAGCCGACGUCCAGGUGAAUCAAAUCAUGCAAAAAAAAAAAAAAAAUCAUCUGAGCAUCACUCAUGCUUAAAGGAACGGAGAGAUGUCAAGCUGGUGCAGGAGGGCUGCAGAGAGCUGACUGCACAACAUGUUCAAAGUCUGGCCUGGCGCUGCUCUCGGCAACAGAUACGUUCAGACCGCAGGUGCCCAUCGGGGGAAUGAUGACCUCACUUGGACCGAAGCAACGUGAAACUACUGACUGUGCAGAAGACUUAAGUUGAGGGGAGAGCUUUGUUAUAAUUUAAGAAAAACAAUUGAAAAGCUGGGAGAGGAUGAUUGAAGAAAAAAGGUCGAGGAAAAUAUUUUUCUAAAGUGGAUUGUUAGAUUAUUUGAAAUUUUAAUUUGAAUGUCAGUUUGGGCGUCUUCAGUUGAACCGGGUCAUCAUUCCACUGAAAACCUGCCGUGCUGCCACGGCCUUCAAAUGGAAACCUGUGUUCCUCAUGUUUUGUUCCUGAUAGCUGACGGUAGCCCUGAGAACAACAAAAAGCGUUUCACUACGGGAAAGCUGCUAGCUUGAGACAGGGAAACGAUUCAUACCACAUAUUGUGCCUAUAAACAACACACACACACACACACACACACACACACACACACACACACACACACACACACACACAGGCAGAAUAUCUGUUGUCGCCAUAUUCUAGCCUUUAAUGUGGACGGAGACACGAUGGAGGUUUGUCUAUAUUCAGAUACAUACACACACAUAUUAUGCAUAUUUACAAAUAAUGGUAUACUACUAAUAAUAAUUGAUAACUUAGCAGUUAAGCUUAAUAAAUAUAUAACCUGAAAACCUGUAUUGAUUACAUAGAACUUCUUGUUAUUGAGGUAUUGCUAUAAGACUAUGUAUCGCUAAACUAGAUGAAUAUAGUGAUUUUUUUUUCUUUUUUUUUUCUUUUAAUGAUGUUUUAAUUUGUAAUUUUUCCUACUGUGGGUUGUUCCAGACGCGGGUUGUUUUGAAGGGACUGCAGCAGAGAUGGAUUUGAGUUCGAUUACUGACGGUUAAACCUUAAACAUCCAGAGCAGAGUAGUGGAGUAAUUAACCCAACUGAGAAGCUCUUUUAUUUUUGUCCAGCAGCACAAUACUGCCACAUGUAGAUGAAACAAAUUCACAGAAGCUGAACGUUAUAUUUUAAAUAUUUUAUCUAAUUUUCUUUUCAGAGUGGCUUUGGCUAAUUGCAUCAAUACUGCAAAUGGCUUCAAUUCUCAAAAUACUGAUAUUACACAGUACAAAGAACGUAACGGCUAACGGGCGCAAAGCGUUGAAAAGGUCGUUGACUAGCUUGCUUGGCGAUUGUUCCAGCUCUGUCUGCAGUUCCAACAUUUCGGUCGUUAGAUGAAUACGAAACAGAUAAAUGAUUGUGACACAAAAGGCUGCAGGGUCUUUACAAAUGAUCCAGCUCCUGAAAUCUAACUUGAUCAGAAUUUAGAGGCACAUGAGAGUCUGGGCGGAGCCUAAAGCGCAGGUCUCAGAUCAGUUUUGAGGAUUGUGGGUAACGACGAGCCCUCAUCUGGAACAGCCCGGGUAUUAGCUUCUUCGAGGGAUUGUAUUACUACUUCUAGAAUUAUGAUGAAUAUGAUGACGAUAAUGAUUGCUAUCUAUUGACUAUUUCUAUUUCUCUUCUAUAUGCUAUUGAUAUAUGUACGUUAAUUGCGAUGUAUAACUUUCUCUUUAUAUAUGUAUCCAUGUAUGAAUAUAAUAAUUUCCAGUAAAUAUGCAUCUGUGUAUGCGGCGGUGCACAGCUCUGUCCGGGGGGCAGUGAGCAGAAAACACCUGACUCCUGAAAGUCGCUUUAAGCUUUUCAAUCCUACGUCUGUUGACACAGUUUGAUUGACCUGCUCUGUUGGGCUCUGUUUAAAGCCCUAAAAGCUUAGACACUGGUUAAAGUGGGAAAAAAUUAAAGAUGGUUAAAGAAUAUAUUCUUCUAACUGUUUCCCCUUUUCAGAGCGUCAGUGUUGACCUACCAGCAGAGAUCUCUGCUCACUGCCUGCGCUGUGUGUUGUCCUUUGGGUUAAUUUCGCAGUCAGAAGGACAGAUCUGGAAACAAAAGCAUACAUAGAGGCCUAUAUACUCCCGUAUAGCGCCUUAUUCGAUAUACUACAUCUAUAAGAUGAUACAUACCCCUAUUGUAUAAUCCCGCUUACUAUAUACAGUAUAUGAUACCUGAUACCUAUUAUAAUACUUAGACACCCUCAUAAGGUAAUUUAGAUAAGAGAUGAUGGAGCUGUUUUUUUUUCUCUCUCUCUUUCCUGUGGCUGUGGAAGAGUUUGCUGUCGUCAGUAACGUGUCCCCGUCUUCUUUUUUCAGGGAGUUUAAAAAGGACAAGUUUGUCUGGAGAGUGCCACACACGUUAAUGUUCCUUAUUAUCCAAGUGGACAAACCGUUUUUAUCAUCCUGCCUUUAGAGACCUGCUGAGGUGAAUUGAUUUUUGAUUGGAAUAAGCAGAGCAUUUGGGAGGGAGGCUCCUCUUCCAUUGUUUGGAGAAAAACUAGCAUUGAUUAAUUAUGUAAUUGACACGCACGGAAAAAAGAAAGGAAAGCCGAAAGGUCUGUGCUUUCGUGUUCUGUGUUGUUAAAGGCGAGCGAAUUAUGACAUCAAUUUAAAGCUGCUUCAGUACACAACAAAUCUCACACCGUAAUUGUAUAUUCCGUGGUAAGCAAACUCGUUUUGCACUUCUGUGCAACAUCCCAGUUAUCAUUAUGAAAUUAUUUCAUCAUCGGUCUGCCCUAUCAAGUACGAUUGAUUCCCAUUCCUGCCGAAGAGAUGUGGAAACCAGUCUAUGAGACCUACAGUUUGCCAGGCAGCAGACAUUGACCCUGGAGCCAAGAUCACCGCGUCGCUGUUCUUAUCUGUGGAGUUAUUCAAUCUGUGUUCAUCUUUUCUUUUUUCCCGCUCCAGUUUUGGAAACUAACAUGAUCCUUUGGCUUUGAAAGGCUUGUAACAUUAUGAAUUGAUGACUUUCACAAGGGGGGGGGGGGGGUUACUUAUGCCAACAGUCUUAAGGAGCAUUUUUGCUUUCUUUAAGAACUAACUACAAUACUUACAGUUUUGUUAAAAGACAGUGAAAGUCUCAGUUAACAGUGACGUCAGAAUUACUUAAUCAAUAUCCAUGAAAGGGUCCUCUUCCAUGCUACAAGCCGUGACCUUUUCUUUUUCAAGUGUUCGAAGCUCCUCCGGCCGGCUUUAAAGCAAGAAACCUCCCAACAUGUGCGACCCUCCCUACUCACCUUUCAUGCCAUCACUUAAACACAGAAUUAGUUUCCCCAGGGAGUUGACGUUGAAGCAGUCAGCAACAUCUGUAAUUAAUUUUUUUAAAAGGCAGCAGAUCCAUGCCGUUGAUUCCAGACCUAAAACAUUUAAUGAAUUAAUUUCAUGUUCAUGUUCAUUGAGAAAAAUGUUUCUACUUAUUAUUUUUCUCUUGGCCUAAAGGGAAUAUUUGUCUGGUCUCUGACUAAAGGGGCUUAUGUUGUGCGUCAGUUCUGAUUAUGACAUCCUGCUGUAGUUGGAGGAAAUGACACGGUCCUCGGCUGUGAAGAGAGAUUCUGGUCGUCAAAUUUUCAUGUGACCCCCACCCCUUCCCCUGUCAUUUAAUUUGCAGCACCAACAACACACCUAACCAGCCAGGUUUUCAGACAUUUAGGAAAUGAUCUUUCAUAAGGAUUGUUUUUCAACAACUCUGAUGAAGAAACCAGGGUUGAAAGAAGUGGGGGGGGGGAAACUAGGCCUCUUUUUGUACUGUAUUUUUACAUUUUGUUGUCUUAUCUUUUGUUUUAUCUUUUUGACUUUGUUUUAUCUUUUCUCCUCCCUGGUUGGAAAUUCGUGAUCACACAAGUGGACCAAAAUCUCUUGAAAGCAUUUAAUAAACCGACUGUUUUAGAAAAGAAA